AUGUCGAGACUUUUAAGGCAAUCAAGCCAAUUCGCACGAGUGACGAGAUUGUCAUCACAGCCCGCACUACGGUUAUGCGCACGACCAUCACUUAUCACCCGAUCGAAUCCCGCAAAGACAUCCGCCGCAUUCGCCAUCCGAGCCAGGACAUAUUCCUCGCAACCCCCACCUUCCGGUCAAGACCCCCGGUCAAAUCCUGAUAGAGACAACGAACAUGGAAGCAAACCCCUAGACCAAAAGAAAGGAAACGAUGGGAUCGAGGAAAGCAAAUCCGAGGCACCGAAGCCGCCACCUCUGCCAGAGGGCUGGAUUCACUUGAGCAAGGAGGAAAUUACCCAUCUCGAAGAAUUUACAGCUAGACUCCCAGAGGCUCAAAGGCCGGUGGCCAAGGACAUUCUCCAGAAGCUUCAAAUUGUUGGUGCUCCUACCGAGACCCGCGACCUCCUCCAAAAGCUACGACAGAACGGCAAUCUCUCAAUUCUUGACAAGGGUCGAUUGAUGCGCUGUGUGUAUCAGGUCACGGAACGCAUUAUUGAUCUGGAGCAAAACCAAGGCCAGGAUGGGCAAUUCUCGUCUUUCCGUAUGGAUCAGGAACCCAAAUCCCAGGAUGGAAAGGACGGAGCCGACAAGUCAAAGCAGCAGCAGAAGGGUGGUAAGCCACCCAAGAACGAGCGCAGCGGCUGGCUCGAAGCUGUUCAAACUGGUAUCGCCAUUGGUGUCACUGUAUGGAUCGCGGAACUUUUCGCCAACCCAUUCUCUGAGAAGGAGAUUACUUGGCAAGAGUUUCGAAAGGCUUUCCUAGACAAGGGUUUGGUCCAGAAGCUGGUCGUGGUCAAUGGAUCUCAAGUCCGUGUUGAGCUCCACCCCUCUGCGACGGGAACUACUGGCGAGAACGGACAGCCUGCGAGAAAGAGCUAUGUGUUUUCCAUCGGAUCCGUCGAUUCCUUCGAGCGUAAGUUGGAGGGGGCUCAAGACCAGCUGGGUAUCCCAACCUCUGAGAGAAUACCUGUGAGCUACGAGGCUGGCGGUAGCACCUUCGGCAAUCUCCUUCUCGCCUUCGGUCCUACUCUCCUCUUCAUUGGUCUGAUCCUGUGGACUCAACGGUCAAUGGGAGGACGAGGUGGUGCUGGCGGAGGCAUGUUCAACUUUGGCAAGAGCAAGGCAAAGAAAUUCAACGCCGAAAGUGCCGUCAAGGUUAAGUUCGCAGACGUAGCUGGUCUCGAGGAGGCAAAGACCGAGAUCAUGGAGUUUGUGAGCUUCUUGAAGCAGCCCGAGAAGUUCGAGAAGCUAGGUGCCAAGAUUCCACGAGGUGCUAUCUUGGCUGGUCCUCCUGGUACUGGUAAAACGCUACUUGCCAAGGCCACGGCUGGUGAGUCUGGAGUACCUUUCUUCAGCGUCAGCGGUUCCGAGUUCGUGGAGAUGUUUGUUGGUGUUGGACCUUCGCGUGUCCGAGAUCUUUUCGCCGAGGGUCGUAAGAACGCUCCCUGCAUCAUCUUCAUCGACGAGAUUGAUGCUAUUGGCCGCGCACGACAAGAAAGUGGAAAAGGUUUCGGUGGUAACGAUGAGCGAGAAGCGACCCUAAACCAGAUUCUUACGGAAAUGGAUGGAUUUAACACUCGUGAGCAAGUGGUUGUUCUCGCCGGUACUAACCGAGCGGACAUGCUCGACAAGGCCUUGAUGCGACCUGGACGAUUUGAUCGACACAUCUUCAUUGAUCGACCUACGAUGAAGGGGCGUCAGGAGAUCUUCAAGGUUUACUUGAAGAAGAUUGUGACGAACGAAGACCACGAAUACCUCGUCGGUCGUCUUGCAACUCUCACCCCUGGUUUCUCCGGUGCCGACAUUGCCAACGUUGUCAAUGAGGCUGCUCUUAUUGCUGCCCGAGGCAAUGCCGACGAGGUCAAGAUGGACCAUUUCGAGCGAGCUAUUGAGCGAGUGAUUGGAGGUCUAGAGCGCAAGUCUCUGGUACUCAAGCCCGAGGAGAAGAAGACUGUCGCUUACCACGAGGCUGGACACGCAAUUUGUGGAUGGUUCCUGGAGCACGCUGACCCUCUGCUUAAGGUGUCGAUUAUCCCUCGUGGACAAGGUGCUUUGGGUUAUGCCCAAUACUUGCCUCAAGAUGCCUAUCUGAUGAACACUAACCAGCUCAUGGACCGAAUGGCCAUGACAAUGGGUGGUCGUGUGUCCGAAGAGCUUCACUUCCCUACUGUGACAACAGGUGCCAGUGAUGACUUCAAGAAGGUCUCCCAGAUGGCACGGAACAUGGUAACCCAAUGGGGUAUGUCUGAGAAGGUGGGCCCUGUGCACUUUGAGAACGACCCCAACCGCAUGCAGAAGCCUUUUGCCGAGUCCACAGCUCAACAGAUCGAUUUGGAGGUUUCUCGAAUCGUGGAGGAGGCCUACAAGCGCUGCAAGGACCUAUUGACAGCGAAGAAGGAGGAGGUUGGCCUCAUUGCGCAGGAGCUGCUUAAGAAGGAGGUCCUCGUCCGAGACGACAUGGUUCGCAUCUUGGGCCAGCGACCUUUUGGUGAUAACGAGGAUUUCGAGAAGUACUUUGGCGGCGCUAAGCCACAAAGCACGCCUCCUCCAUUCCCUGAGGAGACUGACUCUCCCAAGGAGCCCCCUACCCCAUCUCCAGCUUUCAAGAAGGCCGAGUAA